AUGAGCGAUCAUAUGCCCAUUGUGGUCUCCAGAGUUACAAUGGAAGACAACAUGUUUGAGCCUCGUCCAAUUCCACGAAUUACUGUUGAAGCGGUAAAUCCGUACGUGCCAAGGCGAUCAAUAGUAGAGAAAUUGAGAACACCGUAUAUUGCAGUGUCCGUCAUUGCUCAGUUGACCCUUGGGAUUCUUGGAAAUAGUUUGACGCUGGUGGCAGACGCGACGCGAGUAUUCGCUGAUCAUCUUGAGCAGUUUAACUAUGAUCGAACUGCUACACCGGGAUCGCGGCUGACAGAAAUCAUUUGUGUUGGAAUCACUACUAUCAUUAUUUUUCUAUUAUUCGUCGCAUUUUUAUUAACUGCCUCGACACGUGCUGCGACAAUGACAUUCGACAUCAAUCGAAUUUAUCUGUUAUUUGGCACAGUGUUGGCAAUGACAUCAAACACAUUGCAAACCUUGAAUCAUAUGAAAAAUUGGAAGCAAGAGCCAUUUCGAAAUUCCGAGGAAUCGAAAUACAACUAUCGGCUGCAAAUCAUCCAUGGAUUCGGCUACCACUUUAUUGCCUAUUUUCUCUUGGUUUCAUCACUUCUUAUCCUCUUGAGUAAGGACUACCUUCUCGCCGACGUAAUAACCACAUAUAUCACCAGUUUGCUGAUUCUUGCCAACGUCUCAGCGAUUGCUUUCCAGCUUUACAAUGAGUAUUUCUCUUUGGAGCAUCCGCAAGACGAAUACGAACCUUUGCAAUAA